CGAACAUAGGAGAAUAAAUCUCCAUUAAUGGCUAGGUGUCAGCCAAAUCUUUGAAACAACAAGGUGGGAAAAACGAAGGUGCAGCGAGUAAAGUAAAGGCCACUAUUAUUGUUUCCAAGCCAUAGAGCCAUUACUAAUACUGACGGUCAAUCAUAAUAAAAACUCUGGAGAAAAACAAAAGCGGAUGGAAACGUUGGUGUUCAUCUCUUUCUAAAAAAAUCCACCUUCCCUCAAAAACUUCUUUCAUUUUGAAAAUCACAAAUGGUGACGAAGGUAAUACCCCGGCAAUGGAGUUUCGUCUAGCGACAUCCAACUAUGAUAAACAACACAACAAGCAUAAGGGGAAGGUAAUAACCUGUGAAACCGCGAAUGCGACAACGGUUUGGUCGUUCUUCGAACUGCUUCCAUUUCCCUUCGUGUUCCGGAAUGGUGGCUUUAGUCCCACCGCUAGGGUUUUGAAUUGGCAGCUGAGAUCAAAAGGAUGUCGGACUUGGAAGUGCUUUUGGUGCCGUCAGUUUGUCUACCCUGUUUUGGUGCUUAUUCUGAGAAAAGCGAAAUUUCUCAACACACUUGAAGAAAUGGAGUGUGUGUAAUAUUGAUACAAAAUGGGCAUCCUGUCUACUACUUCAGCAAGCAAUGGAGUGGGUAGUGCAACAUGGACAUGUUCAAAACCAUUAUGAGAAGGAAAAUCAUUUGUUU